GCUGAGGAAUGUCGAGAACCACAUAACUACGAAACUCAGAUUACAUUCUAUAAUAACUAGCUAUUGUUCACUGCCAAACCGGUAUCUGUCGUGCGUUACGAUCAAACUCGAGUCCCGCGAAUAAGCCCUUACCAAAGGUUUCCUCAACCCGCCAGCGAAUCUAUAUCAGCCAAGCCAUACGUGGGGAAGGAGGCUUGAUACCGAGGCAGAGAAAGGCCGGAUCGAAUAUUGCAGGGAAACAAGCGGAAUAUCGAGCAGUUCAUGAGAAGGGGCCCCUUGCAGGAGCCGAUCAGUUAUGGCGUACGCAGCAGAGCAACAUAAGUGGAUCAACGUCCAGCAGAAGACAUUUACGAAAUGGCUGAACGCCAAGAUAUCAGCUAGGGAGGUCGAAGUCAAGGAUUUGGUGAAAGAUCUGAGCGACGGUGUUAUACUUAUCCAUCUUCUCGAAUGCCUCUCCAGCGAGUCCCUGGGCCGCUAUGCGGCGAAGCCAAAGCUACGGGUGCAACGAUUCGAAAAUGCCAACCUCUCGCUCGACUUUAUAAAAUCGAAAGGAAUCCAGAUGACCAACAUAGGCGCCGAAGAUGUGGUUGAUGGAAACCGGAAGAUUAUACUUGGGCUUAUAUGGACUCUUAUUCUACGGUUCACAAUCUCCGAUAUCAACCAGGAGGGUAUGACUGCGAAGGAAGGCUUGCUACUCUGGUGCCAGAGGAAAACGGCCUGUUACGAUGAAGUGGAUGUUAGGGACUUUAGUGCAAGCUGGAACGAUGGGCUGGCGUUCUGUGCGUUGCUGGAUAUACAUCGCCCAGAUCUGAUCGACUACGACGCACUGGACAAGAAAGACCAUCGUGGAAAUAUGCAAUUAGCUUUUGAUAUUGCGAGCAAAGAGAUCGGUAUACCAGAUCUUCUUGAUGUGGAGGACGUCUGCGAUGUCGCCAAACCGGAUGAAAGAUCCUUGAUGACGUAUAUUGCAUACUGGUUCCAUGCUUUCUCACAAAUGGAGAAGGUUGAAAAUGCAGGUCGACGGGUUGAGAAAUUUGUCAGCAGCAUGCAGGGCGCCUGGGAGAUGCAGAGUGCAUUUGAGCGAAGAAUGCGAGCCCUCUUGAAGGCUAUCAAAGAGAAAGGUCAAAGUUGGCAGGAUUCUGACUUUGAAGGCACAUAUGUCGACGCAAAGAGUCAAUCUGCGGAGUUUGGCGUGUAUAAAAGGGGGCAGAAGAGGGAAUGGGUAGCGGAGAAGAGCGAACUGGCAGCAUUACUGGGUAAUAUCAAGACAAAGAUGAGCACCUACCGCCUUCGGCCCUACGACCCACCGCAAGAGCUCCGGUUGGAUACGCUGGAGAAAGAAUGGGCAGUGUUGAUGAGGGCCGAGAUGGCAAGGGGGCAGCUCAUCAACGAAACAAUCAGGGAUAUCAAAAAUGCCUUGAGGAGAACUUUUGCAGACAAGGCUAAUGACUUUGCACUUGCUUUGAAUGCUAUGCAACUCGCCGUUUCGGGGCUGGAGGGUGACGUUGAAGAUCAGUUAAGACAUGUCAAACGACUAAAUGAAAGCGUGGCACCGCUCGACUCGUAUCUCGAGACGAUCGCCGAACUCGACCAAAAAUGUGAAGAAGCAAACAUCGAAGAGAACGACUUCACGACAUACACAUAUGAUGAGCUUUCCUACGAACUUGGCCUUGUGAAGGGUUCGGUGUCUAAGAAGCUGGCCUUCUUAGACAACCAAGUGGUGGCACGAAAUAUGACAAACCUCACACCUAUACAGCUGGAGGAGUUCGAGAGCGUCUUCCGCCAUUUCGAUCGUGAUGCUUCCAAUAGUCUCCAGGAGCUGGAAUUUAGCGCCGCGCUGGCGUCUCUUGGGCUGGUAUUUAGCGAGGACGAGAUGCACGACUACUUCCUAGAGACAUCUCGUGGGCGUGACCGCGUGACUUUCGAACAAUUUAUCAACUUCAUGGUGGACGUCACUGAGGAUCAAAACACGGCCGAGCAAGUCUUCCAGAGUUUCCGAGAGGUUGCUGAUGGAAAGCCUUAUGUUACAGAGAUGGACCUGCGACAUAGUCUCGUGCCUGACGACGUUAUUGAGAAGUUGACCAAGAUAAUCCCCGCACAUAAGGGGCCAGACUUGCAGGAGGAUCGAGGCAUGCCACAAUACGAUUAUGUCAGCUUUAUGGAUCAUCUCAUCGAUGAUCCAGAGGAAGAUCUGCGAGCAGAUGCUGGGAAAGGAAGCAAAGUUCUCGGGGAGAUUCAAAACGCGCCAGGUGUCAAAACUCAUGCGUCGCCUACGAAGAGCAAUGGGAAUUAUUAACCGCCCGGCUCUGUAUAGAAGUGUCAAUGAAGAAUUGUGCAUAGCUGGGAGUUGGAGGGAGCUUUUGUCGAUUUGGUGUUUUCGGGUAGAGGUGCAUCGGGUAGGCCUUAUGGGGCCGUUGGCAAGUUGGUGAGGAGGCAUGGCACGGGCAGCGGGCCAGCGAUGUCGGUUACAACUCGCAUUAAUUUUAGAAGGAGACAGUGGCGGCAGAGAACCCAACCGGAAAGCAUCCAGGAUCAUAGUCGUUGAGUGUGCAUCACCUCUGUCAAAUGAUUUUAUAUUAAGCCAAUGUAGU